AGUUGUCGUCUAUUGUAUUGUGUUGAUAUGAACUGAUAACAUUUAAUCGGCGUAAUGGAGCUAUUUCAAAACGUAGUGGCGUGUAUUUUGGUUAUUUUGUUCCGAGGGGCUCAUGCGCUUUCCACAUCUGAAUUUGAAUCGAGGGUAGACGAUACAAUUAAUAAAGCUCUGAAAUGUCAUCCUAAAAACCCAGGAUUAACCAUUAGUGUUGUGAAAGAUGAGAAGCUUUUGUUUGCUAAAGGCUAUGGCGUCACAUCUACGUCUUCUAGAACUCCUGUCACUAACGAAACACUCUUCCAAAUCGCCUCUAUGUCUAAGGCAUUCGCAGCAACACUUCUUGUCAAACAGCUACAUCAGUAUUCCAACUUAAGCAUUUACACUAAAGUAAAGGACCUGAUGGAACCCGGAUUCAGCUUCUCCACACACAUACGAACAGACAACGCCAAUUUGGUGGAUUUGAUGUCGCACACUUUAGCUAUUCCCAGCAAUAGUUUCCUAAGAUUCAGCUCCAAUCUCACACGACAAAACCUGCAAAGCCGGAUAAAAUAUUUGAAGUCCAUACACGCCUUCCGGACAAGCUUUGUCUACAGCAACCUAAACUACGCACUGGUUACCUAUAUUUCGGAAAAGCUGGGUGGGAAGCAGUGGGAAGACUUGAUCCGGGAAGAGCUGUUCCAGCCACUGGGAAUGGAUAGCUCCAUGUUUAUCACCACUACAGACUUUUCCAAAGUCGCUACCGGAUAUGAAGAUGGCCCAGCGUCUAGUGUAGUUCCAGUGCAACAUUCAUUUAGCCGGAAAUGGGGUAUCUGGGCAGGUUCCAACAGCAUCUUAACGAAUGGAAUAGAUUACGCUAAGUGGAUGAAUUUUCACCUGAAUGGCGGUAAGGAUAAAACAGGGUCUCCACUGGUAGACUCCCACUCGUUUGGCUACCUACAUGCCCCGCGAAAUGUGAUUGCAUCAUCAACGGUAGAAAAGUAUUUCCGACAACCCAAGAUUCCAGUUUCUACCAGUGAAACCAGCUAUGCAUUUGGAUGGAAGAAUGGUCAUUACAGAGGAAAUCGUAUCUUACGUCACACGGGGACGACGUUUGGUUACGUUUCAUUGGUUACACUUUUCCCGGAUCUCAAUCUGGGGAUUUUCACCUCGAUGACGGGAGAGGAUGAACAUUACAUCUUCAGAAAUCUGCUACAUAAUUUUCUUUCCGAUACGCUACUCGAAAUAACGCCAUGGUUGAAUGCAACCACCAUCUGCAGUUUCCCUAACCCAUGGUACUCCUCUAUCGCGUAUUCGCAUUACGUAACAAUAGACCACUCGGUGCCUGCGUCACGCCCUCUAUCGGAAUAUGUGGGUAUUUAUCACAAUGACGCAUAUGGCGAGGUACGUGUAACGAUGGGAAAUGGACAUUUGGUUUUAACUUAUGGUGUUGCUUCUUGGAAUAUGUGGCCUAAACACAGCCAUGACCAAUUUCAAGGUGAAGGAAUCGGGAUGGUGUAUCAGACAGAAGAUAUACAUCAAAUCAAAUUUCACAGCAGUCACUCUACCAUUGCGUCUGUUGAACUGAUUAGCUUUGAAUCGAAGGCACCACCCAUCUUUAACAAAAUGGCAUCUUCUCCACCCAUUUCUUCCGUGGUAGGAUAGAAAAAUGUCAAAUUGUCAACAAUAAAUCAUUAUUUUACGUGA